AGCUAAUAAUAAAAAAACUGAUUGUAUACACACAAUACCAUCAAACAACUACAUAAAUUAAAUUUAAUAAAAACAAAUAAAUGAUCCACUGGUCACUGAGCAGAGCAGAGCAGCAACGAAUAACCGAGAAAUAUAGAAUAGAAUAAAAAAGAAUUGUCAAGAAUUAAAAAAGAAAAACGAAAUCAUACACCAGUGCAUCCGGUUAGAGUGAAGAAGUGUUUUUCCACACUUGUCUUGAGUUCGAUUUUUGAUUUUUUUUCUUUUUUGGAAUUUUGUAUGCAGUAAGAAAAAUAAUGAAAAUUUUGUGGUUUUUAUUAAUAUCGAGUUCAGUGCUGUGGGCAUAUGGCCAAGAUGAAUCACCCGCGGAAACAACUUUGGAAGAUUUACAAAAAUCUCUGCCGGUUGACUUGAAAAAUGAAGAGCCCACGGUAAUGGUGGCUUUGAUGGUGCGUAAUAAGGCCCAUGUAUUGCCUUUGUUCUUGAGCUAUUUGGAAAGACAGGAUUAUCCCAAAAAGCGUAUGUCCCUAUGGAUUCAAUCUGAUUUUAAUACAGAUGACAGUUUACAUAUUCUAACCGAAUGGCUGUUAAAUGUGGAGCCUUUGUAUCAUAGUGUUCACAAAGUUUUGGAUGCCAGCACGCAACGUCAUCAAAAUGAAAGUUCGCCUUUUGAUUGGCCGCGUGCACGCUUUGACCAUCUUAUCAGUCUUAAAGAGCAGGCUAUGCGCGAUGCUAAACAAAUCUGGGCCGACUACAUAUUUUAUCUUGAUGCUGAUGUUUUGCUUACCGAAGCCCAUACACUAACACAUUUGGUGGAGCUUCGCUUGCCCAUAGUGGCCCCCAUGCUGCUUUCUGAAGGCUUAUACUCCAAUUUCUGGUGUGGCAUGUCCUCGGAUUACUAUUAUCUGCGCACAGAUUUAUACCAGGACAUUUACAAUGUCAAUCGUGAGGGCAUUUUCCAAGUACCCAUGGUUCACAGUGCCGUUUUAGUUAGUUUGACCUAUAAAGGCUCCAACUAUCUAACCUUCGAUCGUGAUCAGUUCCUGGCUCAACAAGAAAACGACUUGGAGUACAUGGCUACUUUGGGUCCUCAGUGCCGUCUAUAUGAUGGUCCAGUUGAUGAUAUUAUUGUGUUUGCUAUUUCGGCCAAUUGUUCUCAGAUUCCUUUGUUUAUUACCAAUGAAAUACCUUUUGGUUAUAUUUUACAACCCUUGGAACCAAGCGAUAAUGUGUCACAGGAUUAUAAGCAGUUGACUAAUAUUCAGGCGAAUAUUAUACACGAUUUGGGUGGAAUUAUUGAGGUUAAGGAGUACUUCAAGAAAUUCGAGAGGGAAGAAAAGAAACAAAAACUUUCCUUAGAUCACAUUUACAUGAUCAAUUUGGAACGUCGUCCCGAACGUCGCGAAAAAAUGGAAAGUCUUUUCAAGGUUUUGGCUUUAGAUGUGGAAUAUUUUCCAGCGGUAGAUGGACAAAAACUAAACCAUGAUUUGUUAAAAGAGAUGGGUGUUAAGUUCUUGCCCGGCUAUGAGGAUCCCUAUCAUCAUCGUCAAAUGACUAUGGGUGAAAUUGGCUGUUUCCUAAGUCACUAUAAGAUAUGGGAGAAAAUAGUGGAGAAUCAACAGGAACAGGUAUUGAUAUUGGAAGAUGAUAUAAGAUUUGAGCCUUAUUUCAAGGAGAAAGCCAUAGAUGUAAUGGAGCAGAUACGCAAUGUUAUAGAAUAUGAUUUGGUCUACUUUGGCCGCAAACGCUUAAAGGAAGAAUCUGAACCCUGGGUGGCCAAUACAGAAAACUUGGUGCAUGUGGGCUAUUCCUAUUGGACUUUGGGUUAUGUUAUCUCCUUAAAGGGUGCCCAAAAGCUAUUGGCUGCCAAACCUUUGGAGAAUCUUAUACCUGUCGAUGAAUUCUUGCCGGUCAUGUUCAACAGACAUCCCAACAAAACCUGGGCUAAUGCUUUUCCACAACGUGACUUAUUGGCCUUUAGUGCCAGUCCUUUGCUGCUCUAUCCCACCCACUAUACCGGUGAUUAUGGCUAUAUUUCGGAUACUGAAGAUUCAGUGGAAAUAAAUCCAACUGCUGCUAGUGGACAACAGGCUCAAUUGAAAAGCGAUCGUGAAAAGGAAUAUUUCAGAGAACCUCGUUUAGAUUCACCGCCCAUGGAAUUGAAAGAUCCUCAAUUUGAGGCAGCUGCUAAUGUUAAAACUCAUGAAGAAUUGUAGUUUUGUUAAAAAUUGUAUUAGCUGAAACCAAAAAUUUGCCUACAUUUUUUUUAAUUGUCUCUCUGUGUAGUUAAUAAGUUUAACAAAACAAAAAAGAAGAAGGAGUUAUUGCAUCUAAAGCAAUAGAUACUCUGCUCAUUUUAAAUGUGCCUUAGUAGUUUGUAGUUACUAAAAAAACAUUCUUAACGUUCUUAACAUUUAUUUUUUUUUAUACAUUCAUACAUUUAUUAUAUGUAAUCCUUUUAUUCUAUUUGUUUUAAAUAGUGUCUGCCAUAUUUUAUUUAAUUAUGUAAUUAUACAUAUAAGAAUCUCAUUUGUCAUUACGAAAACAAAGUGUUUAUUAAAAAAUUUGAUUUUAAUUACUUUAAAACACCAAAAUCAUAAAAACAAAACAAACAAAAAAUAUACUCAAGCAUUUAUACAAACCAAAAACAA